CACAAAAUGAGUAACUAGGGAAUAUUGGAAUUUCACUUGCUCCAUGGUUUUCUUCAAAUAUUUUCUGCUUUAUGUGUCUCACACUAAAUUUAUGAGAGAUAAAUAAUUGAAGGCUAAAUAGCUACAAAACACAAAUUCUAAUUUGAAUAUACUUCAAAGAGUGUGUGAGGGCAAUUUUGUCAUCAGAGGAAGAAACACCAUAAUAGAGACACAGGGAAAAUGUUUCCCUUGGAAGUCCUCCUUUUGGCUGUUUUAAUUUCGACUGCACUGGCUGGACCAUGGGCUAAUAUAUGUGCUGGCAAGUCUUCCAAUGAGAUCAGGACAUGUGACAGUCAUGGUUGUGGCCAGUAUACUACUCAAAGAAAUCAUAAGGCUCACCAGGGUGUGGAUGUCUUGUGUUCUGAUGGAUCGACUGUAUUUGCACCUUUUACUGGAGUGAUUAUGGGUCAAGAGAAACCUUAUAGAAACAAAAAUGUUAUCAAUAAUGGUGUUCGGGUAACUGGGAGAGGUUUCUGCAUUAAAAUGUUCUACAUUAAACCAAUUAAAUACAAAGGUUCUAUUAAGAAAGGAGAAAAACUGGGGACUCUACUACCCUUGCAGAAGGUUUAUCCUGGCAUACAAUCACACAUCCAUAUUGAAAACUGUGACAUGAGUGAUCCGACUGAAUACCUAUAGGAAGAUGGCUGGCUAGAUCUUCUAAAUAGAUUCUUAAAAAUCUACCUUCUUUUUAAGAAAUAUUUUUUAAAGGACAUGAUAAAUGCAAGAAAGAAAAGAGCAUUUUGGAUAUCUAAGUUGCUUCCAAGUUCCCAGAGAAAAGAACUGUGGAGAAGGAGGUCAGAAAGGAGGUUAGAGGUAGGAGGGACUUUCAGGUUCUACAAUGAUGGACCUAAUUUGGGGGUGAGAGUGUUUUGGACACUUAUUUUGGUGAGAUAAGAAACUAUACCAAAGUGCCAACAAUUGUACCAUAGACCAUUAAUCUCCCAAUAAAAAAUAAAGACAAAAAGAGUAUUCCUCACCUA